GGGUCCUCGGCAUUUUUCUGCGAGCAGGGCACUCAGAAUCCAAAAGAUUUUUUUUUUUUAUUAAAGCCCAGUUCUUUCGGUCACCGGAACGGGACUAUGAAAUGACUCCACCGGGCAUAAACAGAGGAGAUUCCUUUUGGGGGGGCCAGUUUCCCAUCGAGCUAAAUCUAGCGGAUUAGCAGGAUUAUCUGAUUGCGGCUGAAAAGAAGUAACGUUGUUUGAUCAUUUGUAUUUCUUGCCUGACGGUCGGAUUUCAAUGGAGGUGGCUCUGGGUUCGGAUGAUUCUGGAUCGUUGGUGCAGUUGGAAGGGAAAAACCACCGAUCGAUACCGUUCGGAAGUGUCCGGGGGUGAUUUUUUUUGGGGGGGGGGGGAAGAAAAGAAAAUAACACCCCGAGGUUGCGGCUGCUAAAAAAAAAAUAGGAAUAACGGAGCAAGAAACACAGGGUGGCUGGGAUCGCCUUCUGUGAACUGGAUAUAGAUCUGCAGAUAACUGGAUUUGAUUUACCAGAAGGGAAUCUGCAGUAAAUGGCCACUCUCCUUAAACUGUUGCCAUGGAAAACCAAAUGGUCAGUAACAGGAAGCCUGAUAAAUACUGCUGAGUCAAGAUGCCGCUUCAGUAAAUGCGAAAUCCAUGAAGAUACCUGCUGAGCGAAAGUCUUUUUGGGAUUUCACAGCCUAGCUCACAUUUAGGAAAUCUGAUCUGUUCUCUGCAGUGACCCAGGUUUUCUCGUGCGGAUACAAAUACAAUUGCUUCACUGUAACUCUCCAACCGAUGUGGAACCAUGGCAUGGCCAAGAUCCAUGUGGCUGAACUGCUACCGGAGAGCCGUUUCGGUUGGCUGGGCCCACACAGGAUUGGAAGCCGCUUUUGCUCUCUGUGUGCUGGGAUUCGUGUUCCAGGCUGCAGCUGUGUCCUCCCAAAAAUUGGAUGACGUUGACCCACUGGUGACUACCAACUUUGGCAAAAUAAGAGGGAUGAAGAAGGAACUCAAUAAUGAAAUUUUGGGACCUGUUAUUCAGUUCCUUGGUAUCCCCUAUGCAGCCCCUCCUCUGGGAGAGCAUCGAUUUCAGCCUCCUGAACCUCCGUCGCCCUGGUCCGACGUGAAAAAUGCCACCCAGUUUGCUCCGGUGUGUCCUCAGAACGUCAUAGAUGGCAGGCUGCCUGAAGUCAUGCUUCCCGUGUGGUUUACUAAUAACUUGGAUGUAGUUUCCUCCUAUGUUCAAGAUCAGAGUGAAGACUGCCUCUAUUUAAAUAUAUAUGUCCCAACUGAGGAUGGUCCCCUUACAAAGAAACAGACAGAUGAUUUAGGUGAUAAUGACGGUGCUGAAGAUGAAGACAUUCGGGACAGUGGGGGUCCCAAACCAGUGAUGGUGUACAUUCAUGGUGGGUCAUACAUGGAAGGCACUGGAAAUUUAUAUGAUGGCAGUGUCCUGGCAAGUUAUGGCAAUGUGAUAGUCAUCACAGUCAACUACCGACUUGGGGUACUUGGGUUCUUGAGUACCGGCGAUCAGGCUGCCAAAGGAAAUUAUGGGCUCCUUGAUUUAAUACAGGCUUUGAGAUGGACCAGUGAGAACAUUGGGUUCUUUGGCGGCGACCCAUUAAGAAUCACCGUUUUUGGAUCCGGUGCUGGUGGUUCAUGUGUCAAUCUGCUGACCUUAUCCCAUUAUUCUGAAGGACUUUUUCAGAGAGCUAUAGCUCAAAGUGGAACAGCUCUUUCCAGCUGGGCUGUGAGUUUCCAACCUGCGAAAUAUGCCAGGAUUUUGGCUACAAAAGUUGGUUGCAACAUGUCAGAUACUGUAGAGUUAGUAGACUGUCUACAGAAGAAGCCUUACAAAGAACUUAUUGACCAGGAUAUUCAACCAGCACGAUACCAUAUAGCCUUUGGACCCGUAAUUGAUGGUGAUGUAAUACCUGAUGAUCCUCAAAUAUUAAUGGAACAAGGGGAAUUUCUCAACUAUGACAUAAUGUUGGGUGUUAACCAAGGGGAAGGGCUGAAAUUUGUGGAAAAUAUAGUUGAUAGUGAAGAUGGCAUAUCAGCUAGUGAUUUUGACUUUGCAGUUUCCAAUUUCGUUGAUAAUUUAUAUGGAUAUCCUGAAGGCAAAGAUAUUCUGAGGGAAACAAUCAAAUUUAUGUAUACUGAUUGGGCAGAUCGUCAUAACCCUGAGACCAGAAGGAAGACAUUAUUGGCUUUGUUUACCGACCAUCAGUGGGUGGCCCCUGCCGUGGCUACUGCAGAUCUUCACUCAAACUUUGGUUCACCAACAUACUUCUAUGCCUUUUACCAUCAUUGCCAAACAGAUCAGGUACCAGCUUGGGCUGAUGCGGCUCAUGGAGACGAGGUUCCUUAUGUGUUAGGAAUCCCCAUGAUUGGUCCUACAGAAUUGUUUCCCUGUAAUUUCUCCAAAAAUGAUGUGAUGCUGAGCGCAGUAGUGAUGACAUACUGGACUAAUUUUGCUAAAACGGGUGAUCCAAUCAGCCUGUCCCUCAAGACAACAAAAUUCAUCCACACAAAACCGAACCGUUUCGAAGAGGUAGCAUGGACCAGAUAUUCACAGAAAGAUCAACUGUACCUCCAUAUUGGAUUAAAACCAAGAGUAAAAGAACAUUACAGGGCCAAUAAGGUGAACCUUUGGUUGGAAACUUCACCUCAUCUGCACAAUCUCAAUGACAUUUCUCAGUAUACCUCUUACGACAACUAAAGUGCAUCAACAGAUAUUAUUCAGCCUACAAGGAAAAACUCUGUCCCUGUAACUUCAGCCUUUCCUACAACCAAGCAAGACGAUUCCAAACAGCAACCAAGUCCGUUUUCAGUGGAUCAAAGGGACUAUUCCACAGAAUUGAGUGUUACUAUUGCAGUGGGAGCAUCUUUGCUGUUUCUGAACAUUUUAGCCUUUGCAGCAUUGUACUAUAAAAAGGACAAGAGGAGACAUGAUGUUCAUAGGAGAUGUAGCCCACAGCGUACGACUACCAAUGAUCUUACCCAUGCACAAGAAGAGGAGAUAAUGUCCCUCCAAAUGAAGCACACUGACUUGGAUCAUGAAUGUGAGUCCAUCCAUCCACAUGAGGUGGUUCUUCGGACCGCCUGUCCCCCAGACUACACACUAGCUAUGAGGAGGUCCCCUGAUGAUAUUCCUUUAAUGACACCCAACACCAUUACAAUGAUUCCCAACACUAUACCAGGGAUUCAGCCCUUACACACAUUCAACACAUUUACUGGAGGACAGAAUAAUACUCUGCCCCACCCUCACCCCCACCCCCAUUCACAUUCAACAACCAGGGUAUAGCCAGACAAGAUGAAACAAACUCUAUUUUUUGAUGGAUUUACAGUCAGUGAUAUUACUGAAGAUUACUUGGCUUUUCAACCUACAAGACUUACUAUUUAAAUAAGGAGGAAUAUUAUGUGAAUAUACAUAUCAAGAACUUUUGGGGUUUUGAAAAAAUGAAUUGUAAAUAUACGAGUGAACUUGAAACAAAACUGAUCUUAAUUGCUUGAAGCAGUUGUUCUGAAUGAUACUUUUUCAUUCACAUUCAAGUAUUACUUUUUUGAAGAUUUAAGUUACAUAAUGAAAUUAGGCAUGUGCAACACCAAACAGGAAAGACCUAUGACUGAAAAUUCAAAACAAAAAAUAUAUAAAUAUGCAACAAGGGACACACUAAAUGGAAUGUCAAAUGAUUUUCACGAGUUUUUAUUUGGAACUGUUUUAUUGUCUAGACCAUAUUUACAUGUUGGAAUAAAUACACAAAGCACCAAUGCUGUUAAAGCCUUAGUAGGGGCUUAUGCUGAAAUGUGCCAGUAAGACAAAGAAAUCAAAACCCUGGCAGGUUCAACAUUAUCACAUAAGUGCUGACAGUAUAAAGUUGUGGGGGUAAAGGAAACUGGAUAUUUUUAGCACGAUGUGCAUGAUAAUUUUAUAUGCUUGGUGGCUGUGCUGCUGAUUAAGACGUAAUUAAAAUUCUUCUCAUCCCAUUGGAGUUUUUAAUAGAAGCUUCCUUCAUCAUUGGCAGAAAACUGAAGAAGAUUUUAAGGGUGAAAAGUAAUUACAAUAAAAUGAUUCACAGUAACUUGGAUAAUAGCAAGAAUUAGUUAUUAAGGGAACUUGAUGAUAUUGUAGGUAGAGCAGUGAACACUCACUGUUACAAAUCCCAGAGAAAAGUCUUUCUGUGUUUUCAAUGUUCUUUUUCAUUUCCAUAUAAAUAAUUUAUAGAACUAUAACCGCAAUGGAACUUGUGCUGAAGGAUCUAUAAUUUGCUGUGGUUUAGUUACACUGUAUUUAGGUCAUACUGGUAAGGUGAAGUGUGUCCAAAGAUUUAUUUUAACAAGAUAAAGGUGCCCCGGUAUUACCACUCUGAUUACAGUUCUCAAUUAUUGAUUUACUCAUGAUGCAUGUCAAAAUGUUUACUAAUACUAUUUCAAUAUAAAAUUCAUUUCCCUCCUCACCAUUGCAUCUCUUUAUCACUGAACUUCAUUCACCAGAAUUUACUAAUGAGAUCUACGUAGAGAAUGAUGUAAAUGGUGAAGUGAUAAGGGAAGUUGACAACUGGAAAUUUUUAGUCUUACAUGUAUGUGUGAUUUUAAAUGAAUGUUCUAAAAUCACAAGAAAUUCUUCAUUCCCCUGUUGUUUACCAGUAACAGUAUAUCACAGACCUUUCCAAAUGUUUGUAUAUGUAAUCAGAUGUACAUUUAUAUAUAAAAAAAUGAGAUGGACUUAAGAGCACAUCCCUGAUAAAUACUUUCUCUCUUACCUGUACUAUAUUUCUAUUAGACUAAAGUUAUGUGAUUUUUUUUUACAUUUUUUCAGAUUACUAGCAAUUUUGAUAGUUUGUAAGAUAAUGCAAAGAACUUUCUCUGACAAACUAACUGCAGUAACAGAAACAUUUCUUUUCAGUUACUCUUUUUCAAGAAUGAAAGCUUAUUACACACAAAAAUUGUAUACUACUUGAUGGAAAUUACUUUGUACUUCUUGGCCAUGUUACUGGUCAUUGAGUGAAAUAAAGAUAAUCUGGAUAAUGACUACUAUUCCAAUACUAAGAGACCUGAUCUUUGCUCAUUAAAGAGCUAAACUGUUUAUUGCUGUUUUGUCAUUUUUUAAAACAAGUGAUGAUAACUGUCUCAAAGAGUCAUUUCUCUAGACCAGUCGGGUUUUUGAAGACAGGUUCAGGCCUUCUACAUACAAAUCAACUGCAUAGUAUACAUUUAUAUGAUAGUGUAUAUAUAUGUAUACGAUAUGCCCCACCUCUGUGUCAAUCUCAUUCCAGUGUAAAAUCAGAAUGUGCCACUACUAACAGUAUUGGUUUGCUAUUUUCAUUGUAUAGUAUUCAAAGAUAUUGUGCCUCUGAAACUUGUCAGUGUUUUCAACUAGAAAGAAAUAAAAUCAUGUUUCAAAUAGUAAACAUCAAGGAUCAGUAGAGUGUCUCAUGGCAUGAGAGUUACCUGGUUCAUAGCUAAACUUUCAUUUAGUGAUAGAAAGUUAUCCUUCUAAGGAAAUUUAAGAGAAUUAAGAUAUUAAAAAUGAUCAUAAAAGAUGAAAUCCUGAAAUUUUAAGCACUUUGUUUAAUUUCAAACACAUACCCACAUGCAUAUUCAUGUAGGUGUCAGUCCCCAAUUUUAAAUGAAAAGUUCUACUGGAAGUAUUAAGUUGAAAGUCUUCAAAAUCCAGAGUGGUCUAUGUGCAGUUUCUACCUGAUGUGGUUGUACUUUUAGACUGUGAACUGCCAAUGUGAACAAAUAAAGAGAAUUGUUUGCCAUCUGAUCUUGUUUGAUAGGAAGAUUGUACUUGCUUUAUUGAGUCAACAAAAGAAAAAAAAGGACAAAAAUACUGGUGUCCAUUAAAUAAGAGAUAAAUGAAUAUGAUUUAUUGUGGGUUAUUUAACUUUGGCAAAACCAAAAUUGCAUUCUAUUUUGUUGGUGGCCAAAUAUCUAUAUUUCUAUGAAUAUAAAAACAUAGAAAUAUAUAUAUACACACCAUAUCAGUUACUUACUUGUUUGCCUCUGUUAGUUCAGAAAAGCAUGAUUUAAGAAAUAAAACAGAGACCUCUUUUUUUUUUAUUUCUGUCACACAAGAAUAUCUUAUUGGAUAGAGCUGGAGUGCAAAUGUUAUACCACAAAAGUGGUUCUGUUUGCUAAUUUUAUCAUUACAGUGACCAAAGUUUCUGAAAGCAAAAUGAUUUCUCAUAUUUUCAUAGAGCAUUUAGAAUUUUUUAAAGCUGAAAUAAUAAGAUAAUUUUUUUCAUAUGCUUUAAAAUCCAUUUUCAAAAGGUAAAAUCCACAUUUGCCUGUUCUUUUUACCUUCCAAAACUUAUCAUGUAUAACCAAAUUAUGUGUGGAAUUUCCUAGUAUUUUCAUUGGUUGAAUCAGAUUAAACAUCAAAUAAGCAAACAUUCUUAUAAUUGGUUUUCAGAAGUUCACAAAAACAAUUUGCACUCAUUAUUUAUUCUAAUUAUGUCACUUCAUCACUGGAUAUUGUUCUCUUGGCUUACUUAGUUGCUUCAAAUAGAGAAUUAAGAUUGAUUUUUUUUCUCCACUUUCAAAUGAAUUUUCUGGCAACUAUGUUGGAACCUUUUUGCCAAUGACAAGAAAAUCAAUACAAAACCUGUGAAAGUUAGUUGAUAUAUAAGGUUGUACUAGUAUUUCAAGGUGAAGUCAGAAAAAAAAUGUAAUUUCCUUACCUUGAGGGCAGAGAUUGUGUCUACCAACUGCAUUGUGUUCUACCAAGCACUUAGUACAGUGUUCUGCACACAGGAAAUGCUCAAAAAAUAUCAGUGAUUGAAUUCUAACUAAACAUCUUACACACAAUUCCACUACCUGAGUUGAAAUGUGCGUCUUAAAGGGAAGUAGCCGACCAAGGAACUAAGCCAUUUAUACACAGUUUCCCACACGAAAACAGCAUGCACUUAUUUUAGUUGGGUAACCUAUUCCAAAUUAGAUUUUUGAAUACAAAGUAAAAUCUCUAUUGUAUUUAGUUAUAGUUAAUACUGAUAUAAGUAUUAGUAUUAUUGUUCAGGAUGGAUGGAUGUAAGGAAUGCUAUAAAUAUGUUCCAGCUGUAAAGACACUUCUGUAUAAAAGUUACUGGGAUUCUUUCCCUUAGCAAGUUUUACAGAAAUAGUUUAAAGACAAAAAAAGUUGAUAAAUGGAAAUUCCUGGGAAGCUGUCGAGCAUCAUGGUAGUUCUUCUAUGUUUGUAAUUUUGUUUUCCUCCUGUGCAAUUAGCUCAAAAUACUGGACUUCUUUUCUUUUUACAGUAAUUAGUUGUUAUAGACUCACCUUUUAAUGUCAGUGAAAAUUAGUUCAUUUGGUUAUAUUUGUGGAAACAUGAUCCCAAAUAAAUUAAAUUAAUGGGUACUUCCCUGCUGAGAUUUUGUUAUCAUUCAUUUAAUUUCCUUGUCAACCUUUCCUUUGAAACAGUCGUUUUGUCUUUUGAGUCAACUAACUAAAAGAGAGUCUGGAACGGACUUAGCCUUAUCUCAUUUUUACUUGAUGUAAGAACAAUAUAACCUUCAGAUUUCCUUCAGCAGUCUCAAGAGAAGUUUCCCAACCAACUGAUGUACAGAGGCCAGACUUUUUUUUUUUUCAUAAACUUUCCAAUUUGAUUUGAUUCUAGCACUUUGUAUGUGAGCCAGAAAUUAAUAAAAUCUCGAAAACGGUCUGUGCAGAAGAUUGAAGGGAAUAAUCAUGUGCUGCACAUGAAGAACUUUCUGGCUGGGUUUUAUUUAUAUUAUUGGGUCAUUGAUUUAUUAUUUGCACAUUCUUUGAAAUGAAAUGGUAAGAGAUGCAAUAGGAUGGUAAUGUAAGGGCCCAAUACUCUCUAAUGAAAUGCUUUUGUUGGAAAGAACUUUAUCAUCCCCAAUGCAACUUGAUCCAAAAACAGAUGAAUGUAAAUUUCUAUAAAAUCUAAAACGCAGCUGUAGUAUCUUAUUUACAGGAAGAUAAAAUGACCAGGCAAUCAGUAUAUGAAGUAAAGUGUACUACUAAAUGUCAAUGGUAUGUGAUUGUUGACUAGAAUUAAGUAACAUCAGUACUCCGAUCCCGGAGGACAUUCGAUUGUCAUUGCCAUUUUUUCUUUCCAGUUGUGUCAAUACAUAGUAAACUUCUUGCACAGUCCUUACAGAUAUUGCUUUACAUGUCUACCAUUGUGCUGAUAGAACAAAAUUAAAAGCUCUGAAGUAAUUCGGGACCCAGUAGUAGUAUUCUGUCUGGAAUCGAAAUUGAUAUUCAUUAAAGCUUCACUAAAUUUUUAUAAAUAACAAAAACUCAGCAGCUGGAAUUAUUACAAAGGGAGUGUUCGCUAAAUGCCACUUAUGGAGUGGAACUAUAUUCUAUAUGGUACAUUUAAAGGGAUUUUUCAGUGGGUGCUUUGAAUUAUCCUUUUUUCCCCACUCCUGCCAUAGAAGGAAACAUAUUUCAUGGGUUUUUUUGUAUGAGGUUGCCAUAAGUGAUGCCGUUUGUGUUUGAACAUCCAUGGCUUUCAUAAAAAAACAUUUAUUCUCAUUAAUAAAUAUUACCAUGUUUUUCAA